AUGAUUCAUGAAUGUAUACCUCGUGCAGCGAGCAGCCCGCAAGAGGCGCCUCUUGAGGCCGCGAACGGUAACAUGAUAGACGGGGAGAAAAGGGGAACCACCGUCGCUGAAAUUUUGACCGCCGGAAACUGCCGAUCUGAGAGCAAUUCACGCGCCAGCGACACGGCGUAUCCAAUGUCUACCCCAGACCGUCAAGAGCUCCUGCGAAAUGCCGUCGCUUUCCUGUCUGACCCUAAAUCUCAAGCCUCACCGCUGGCUCAACGGAUUCAAUUCUUGGAGUCAAAGGGUUUAAAUUCACAGGAAAUCGACCUUGCUCUGCGCCAGUCAUCUAAUCCAUCAGCUCCCAUUUCUUAUCCAGCAUCUUAUCCGGUGUCUGCAUUUCCGGCUGCUGCUUCAACACAGUGGGAUUGGCGAGACUAUUUCAUAACGGCAGUCGUGUCAGGAACAAUAACAUAUGGUGCAGUUGCGCUGUUCAAGAAAUAUCUCUUACCGCACUUGCAACCACCUAGCACGACGGCAUACGAACAAGACCGGGAUGCUCUAAAUGCCCAGUUCGACGCUGCUGAGGCCUUGCUCAAAGAAAUACAAGCGGAGACGGCACUUGUCAGGGCUGCUGUCGAGGAGCAGAAAGAGAAAGUUGACAAAACGACCAAGGAUAUAGAGCUCGUCGUUACGGAGAUGAGGGGAAGUGAACUUAAAACACGAGAUGAGAUGCGUGAGAUUAGGGAUGAGGUCAACACGAUACGCGAGAUGCUUCCAAAGAUGAUCGACAGAAACAAGGAUUCACAAACCCAAUCUUUGGCAGAGCUUCAGCAGGAGUUGAAGUCGUUGAAGGCUCUAUUGUUAAGUCGGGGUCCUAGUAUCUCCAGCUCACCGUCGUCCCCAUUGCCGACACCUGGACGUCCGUCAAUACCAGCCUGGCAGUUGGCAGGUGCACCUUCGCCAUUAGGCUCGACUGAGUCGUCUACACCAUCGUAUAUGCUACCCACUGCUACUAGUAAUGGGAAAGGGAAGGAGGUGGAUUUGUCACCGUCUACAUCAUAA